ACAAAUGGGUGUAAACUGUGUAUGAUAAAAUGGAUCCCGGACAGAAUCACCAGAAGCUCCAAUUGACCAAACAGGAAUUACGUUUUAUAUACAACCAGGUGCUCAACCACGUGCUAGCCAAGCUCGAUCUUCAUCUCCCUACACCCAAUAAUGAUCCUAUGAAAAACAAAGUCACCAACCUUCUUCACGAUUACUUGAAAGAGGUAUUUGAAAUGGCCAAGCACGCCAUGGUGGUGGAUGGACUCGAUAUGUCAACCAGAGGUGCAGCAUCAAUAAGCGACGUGUUGUCGUUGAAACCCAAAGAAAAAACCGAACCGUUUGACUUUGAACUAAACUCAAAACUAAGAGAAAUCCUUCAAAGUGUCGAGCAAGAAACCAUAGAAGUUACUCAGCUACGUAAAAAGAUCCCUCAAAAAAUUGACGCAAAGUACUCGAACGUCGUCCAAGACGUUGACCAGAAAGUUUCCGAGUUCCUCGAUCGCUUGAAUACUAUUGAGCCCGAGAUUGACAUUGACAAAAGUAGUGACGAUAUUGAAGAUAUACUUCCUCGUAUCAGCGAAAUUAUUCAAGAUUACGAGACACAUUUAAUCCAGAUGAAUGAGUUGAAGGACACCAUCCCCAAGCAGACGGCAGAAGUUGAAAAGCUCUCGGAAUUGGUUCAAUUCUUGGAAGAACAGUACAAUAAUGAACCUUGAACCUUCGUAAACAAUUCAUUUUAUCAUAGACCCCCAUCACGAAACUUUGCCUAACGAUUGACUAACUACAAAAUGCCCUUGUUAUGUAUCAUAUUCUGUAACUAUAGCUUGUAUAGUAAUAAUAACACAGCAUCCACUUCUA